GGGUUUUUUUGCAAGUUGAAAGCGGGAACGUAUUCUCUGAACCUGAGCUCCCGCCGCCGCCGCACCUAGCACCAGCUUUCUUGUGAAGAUGUAUACGUCAAGGAAGAAGAUCCACAAAGAUAAAGAUGCUGAGCCAUCUGAAUUUGAGGAGUCAGUUGCUCAGGCACUCUUUGAUUUGGAGAAUACCAACCAGGAGCUGAAGAGUGAUCUCAAAGAUCUCUACAUAAAUUCAGCACUUCAAGUUGAUGUUUCUGGGAACCGGAAGGCUGUGGUUAUUCAUGUUCCCUACAGGUUGAGGAAAGCUUUCCGCAAGAUUCAUGUUAGGCUCGUCAGGGAGCUCGAAAAGAAGUUUAGUGGGAAGGAUGUCAUUCUCAUUGCUACCAGAAGGAUAUUGAGACCUCCAAAGAAAGGUUCUGCUGUUCAAAGGCCACGCAGCCGCACUUUGACUUCUGUUCAUGAGGCAAUGCUGGAGGAUGUUGUCUUACCUGCUGAGAUUGUUGGGAAGCGAAUUAGAUACCGACUUGAUGGGUCAAAGAUAAUGAAGGUAUUUUUGGACCCCAAGGAGCGAAACAACACUGAGUACAAACUGGAGACCUUUGCUGCAGUUUACAGGAAGCUAUCAGGCAAGGAUGUUGUGUUUGAGUUCCCCGUAACAGAGGCAUAGAUGGAUUUUUAUGUUCAAUGCAUCUCUUAUGUGUCUCUUUGUUCUACAAGAAAUGCUUUUCUGAUUGCAAAGUAUUUAAAAUUUUGGCAUUUGAGUUUCUAAGCAAGCAGAAAGAUGUCAAGUUGGGUUUUGUUUUCGUUAGUGGUUUAUGGUUAAUGCUUGCCUUGGUGUAGGAUUCUGAGAUUUAAGGUAAAUUUAUUCUCAUUUUACUAUAUUAGUACAAAAUUUAAAUGUCAAGGGUUUUUCUUUUUGUGACCUCCUGGACUGGAAUUUGUGUUAGGUCUGCAACAUCCAAUUUCCAACUUCUCUAGGAGAAAUCUGCACUCCAAAGAGUAUUAUGUCGUGGGAGAGAUUAUUUUCCUGUUGUACGAGGUUGUUAGCAAGGAUAGAAUCAAUCCUAGUCAACAAU